CACAAGCUCCGCCCACGCCCCUGAUUUCUACAGCAAGCAGCCCCGUCGCCCUUUCUUUUCCGACAUCAUGGCGGACCGAUUCAAUAAGGUUCUGCUGCUUGACGGCAGGGGGCAUCUCCUUGGUCGCCUGGCCGCCAUUGUGGCGAAGCAGGUUCUGCUGGGCCACAAAGUUGUGGUGGUAAGAUGUGAGGGGAUCAACAUCUCCGGAAACUUCUAUCGCAACAAACUGAAAUACCUGGCUUUCCUCCGCAAAAGGAUGAACACCAACCCCUCCCGUGGGCCCUACCAUUUCAGAGCUCCUAGCCGCAUCUUCUGGAGGACCGUGAGAGGCAUGCUCCCCCAUAAGACCAAGAGAGGCCAGGCUGCGCUGGACAGGCUGAAGGUGUUCGACGGAAUCCCCCCUCCUUAUGACAAAAGGAAGCGUAUGGUGGUGCCUGCUGCUCUGAAGAUCGUGCGGCUGAAGCCCACCCGUAAGUUUGCGCUGCUUGGACGCCUUGCUCACGAGGUGGGCUGGAAGUACCAGGCCAUCACCGCCACGCUGGAGGAGAAGAGGAAAGAGAAGGCCAAGCUGCGCUACGGCAAGAAGAAGACCGAGCUCAAGCUGAAGAAGGUGGCCGAGAAGAACGUUGAGAGCAAAAUCGCCAAAUACACCGACGUCCUCAAACAAUACGGAGUGCUUGUAUGAGCUCGCUUUGAGGAGGAGCGAUUUUGCGGAAGGGGAUGAACAAUAAAUGUUUAUAGAAAUGUAAA